UCCUCGCGACACAGAGUCCCCUCCCAGAAGCUCCCCAUUUCCGCAGGCACAGAGUUUCCUAGCCUGGGUCUUGGUGUCAGUCAAUCAGACGCUGGGGCACAGAAGGGACGCCUCGCCCCGCCAUCAAGAUCUUUCCCCAGGCCUGUCCCAACUUGAGGACCCAGACCCGUGGGGACCCAGAGCUCCGCGACCCGGAAGGCCGGCAGAGCCGGAAGGUGGGAGGGCGGAGCCAGGGUGGCGGUGGCCUGUGAAUGCCUCUCUGGAGCUGGCAGAGCAGAGCGGGCCUCAGUGCCUUGGCGAUCCCAGACUCCAGCUCGGUAAAGGGUCUGCUGAGAUGCCCAUCAUGGUAGAUGACGUCAUGAAGCUUCUGUGCUCCAUUUCCCAGGAGAGGAAAAUGAAGGCGGCCGUCAAGCACUCUGGAAGGGGUGCCAUGGUUGCGGGGACAAUAGCCUUCGUCGGUGGCUUGCUUGGUGGCCCACCAGGAAUAGCUGUUGGGGGGACCGUUGGGGGCCUGUUAGGUGCCUGGAUGACGAGUGGACAGUUCAAGCCCGUUCCUCAGAUCUUAAUGGAGCUGCCCCCUGCUGAACAGCAGAAACUUGUUAACGAAGCCACGGCCAUCAUCAGGAACUUGGACUGGACGGACGCUGUGCAGCUGACUGCUCUGGUCAUGAGCAACCAGGCCAUGCAGCAGAAGCUCUUGGCCAUGCUAACGACCUAUGUCACCAAGGAGCUGCAGGCUGAGAUCCGCUAUGAUGACUAGGCCCCGCCCCCUGGGGAGUGGGGCUCUCAUUUUAGAUGAUUCUAUGGCUCAUUGAAGGUGACCAGGGAAUGGGGGAAGCCUGACUUCUGGGAAACUUGUCUAUUACCAGCAUUGAUUGUAAGCCGCCAUGCUAGUGCAUUCUGUUGGACCGUCCUGCUGGAGAGGCAUCUGCCAUGCCUCUUGGGCUGUGUGUGCUAUGGAAAGGUACAGGUGUGCCUCUGUGGGCAUUCACGAACAGCUUGGAGUCCUUCCGAUGACCAUGUGGGUCUAAAAGAUUCUCAUGUUGUUGGCUGGCCGACCAUAGCAGAUGCUUCUCUUUCUGUGAAGUGUACCUACAGGUACCUGUCACAGGAUGGAAUCCCCUUAGGCUCUGGGGUCUUGGGGUUCAGAGCCAGCUCUUGUCAGGAUUGUGCUAACCUGCUGAGUGUUUCCCUUCCUUGGCCCAGGAUUUCCCAGUGGUCUCAUGGCGACAACUGUCCCUCCUUUGAGUGAAGCCACAGAUGCCAGGCAGGCUCUAUGCUCUGCUACAGGCUAUGCCCUAGACGCUCUUGAGUAACUUUAGUUUAGCUUGUAGGAGCUUCUUCUGCCUCCUUAAGAAAAAUCAUGGCACUUCACUAUCUUUUACUUUCCAUGUCGAUUCUGGACUCUUUUUGUUCUCUACACUUUCGGAGCCUAAAUUCAUUUAGCUCCGUUUUCUUUUUCUUCUUACUAUGUUUCCUUGGGCUAGCCUUGAAGUCCUGGGCUCAAGCUACAUAGCUGGGACUGUAGGCUUAUGCCACCAUACCUAGCUUUACCUCAAAGACUGUUGUCCACUCUACUUUUCCUAAGCCCUCCCGUGCUCUCCUGUCUGCUGGCUGCAAAUUACAAUUCAUUUGUGUGAAAAGACAAAAUUACCAAUGACUCGAGUUCAGAGAUUCUAACAUAGCUAGGUGCUGUGGCGCAGACCCAUACCCACGGUCUCAGAUAAUUGAAAUCCACGGGCCCAGGAAUUCAAGGCCAACAGGAAAUUUCGGAAGCCAGGAGAUGGGUGGGGACACACACAUCUUCUUAGUCGGCUUUUAUUUGCAGUCACAGAAUCAAAGGCAGCAAGUGCUCUGGUGAGAUGGAGAGAGAGGGUGGACAAGGGCGAGCAAGGGAAAGUGGAAACAGCAAGAAAACUAGAUUAACCUCCCGGGACACUGGCUGUUUAUGGAUUGGGCUAGCCUCGCCUCCAUUUCCCUAAGUGACAGAGGCUCAAAUCUGACAUUAGCUUGUUUGUUUUCCUUGUGUUGUGGAUGGAAGCCAGGGCCUUGCAUAGGCUAAGUGCCACCCCUGAGUGCGGCUCCUAGUCCUCCUCUCUGGGUCGAUCCUAGGCAAGUUCUCUGAGUAAUCUGGGGAGCUGCUGAUUCCCGCCGAGCCUGGUCUCAGCCCGUGAGUGACUCAGCUUUGGUCUGGUUGGUUGGUCCCGGUGCUGGAGCUCAAGCAGUACCAUCUAACAUCGUAUCCAUUUGAUUAAGCAUUUGAUACUUCCUCCUUAUCCCUCCUUGGAGGUGCUCACUCAUGGAGGGCAGGAGCUAUGUGUCUCGGUCACUUCUCCUGCCUCCAGCUUGCUCCUGCCUGGCACCAUGGCUUUGCGGGGUGUGUGUGGGGGGGUAGACACUCAAUAAAUAUAUAUUUUUAAAGCUA